UUGAUUUCGGCGCUUGGCCGCAUGGUGCAGCACUACUAGAUCGGAAACAACCGGGUCCCCGUAAGCGUGAGCGCUUUCGUUCCCUUUGCUGGCCGAAAAUGUUUGAGUAAAAAGAUCUUUUUUUCAUUCGAAUAUCAAUAUAUAGGUGUUUCGGGAAGUUGAGAGAAGAAACUGAGAUAAGUUUAUACAUUUUUAUUGGAAAUAAAAAGUUUCCAAUAAAUCAAGGAGCGGCGUUGGUGUGCAUGCCUAAUUAGGCAGAAGGACAGAAGGCGCCUCUGUGCAGCGUUCUCUUUCUUUUCCCACAUCGCGUCCAGUUACACUGUGACAUAUAACCAAACUAUCUUUAUAUAUACCUACGUGUAUAUACAUAUACGUAUAUAUAUAUAUAUAUAUAUAUAUAUAUAUAUAUAUAUAUAUAUAUAUAUAUAUAUAUAUAUGUAUAUGCCUUUUUCAAGCAACGCGCCAAAAUGGCUACUCUCGAAAUAUUUUCAAGUCCUAUCGAUUAUAAAUACAAGAGUAAAAUAUGUUCUUUGAGCUCUCUCGUCGUACUAUUUCUUAUAGUUUUAUCAUUGAUUAGCCCCUUUUUUAUUAUUUCGAACACAGGAGGUUACUCAUUGAAAAAUCGUGUACUAAUGGAGAAGCCUGAUGUAUCGUUUAACUAUAAAUAUAUUUUGUUAGCAAACAGAGAUUACAGUGUUAAUCCUAUAAUUUGUUCAACUUUUAAAACAUACAAGGAUAACGAAAUCAAGGAUGACUGUAUAUUGAUAAAGGUUCGAGAAAUAGAUACAAAUAUGGAUGGUAGAAAGGACAUUUUAAAGUUUGAAGCACGCUUUUAUACCGACGAACCUAUAAGAUCUCUUAAACUUUUACUUUUCUUCAAUUUCCAACUAAAGCAGUUGGUGGAGACGACGGUAGAAUCCAUUGCAUAUUUUGCUCAUACGUUAAACGAAGAGGCGCAGAAAGUAUGUUUCUACGGUGAUUUGACAUUGCAACAAAAGAGCGUGAUCACUAGCGAAGGUUUAUAUGAAACUUAUAAUCACAGUAUAGAAAUUGCCGACUAUUCCAUAGAUGAAUUACUUAUGGAGAAUUUUAAGAGGAAAUUUGCAGCUAAAAUAAGCGAUAAAUAUGUAAUGGAACAAUCGGGUUAUUCGAAUGAAAACGUAGUAAUUAUCCAAGGAGAAUUAGUUUAUAGGGAUUAUUUAAUUCAUUAUCAACCUAGUAUUUGGGAAGAAUUGAAAUGGAUAUGGGUUCAAUAUUUGUCAUGCUUUCUGGUAUUUGCUUACGUAACUAAGCAUGUGUUGGUUUUCUUAUUUUCAAAUCGAUAUUUAAAUUGUUAUAUUAUAAAACCGUGGAAGAAUAAAUAGUAUCUGUAAGAAUGAA